GGCAGCGAGAGGGCCGGAAGCGGAAGCGCGGGCGGAGAUCCGGCGGCUCGCGGCUCUGGUCCUUCCCUUCCCGCCGGCGGUAUCCAGGGACGCGGAGCCGUUGCUGCCGGGGCAGCGGCUGUAACGGCCGCCUCCUCUCCCCAGGGCGGCCCCGGCCCCGCCAUGGUGCGGCUGCACGUCAAGCGCGGCGACGAGAGCCAGUUCCUGCUGGAGGCGGCCGGCAGCGCCCGCCUCGCCGAGCUGGCGGCCCUCGUCGCCCGCAUCUACAACGGGAGGCUGAAGGUGCAGCGCCUCUGCUCAGAGAUGGAGGAGCUGGCAGAGCAUGGUGUUUUCUUGCCUUAUAAUAUGCAAGGACUGACAGAUGAGCAAAUUGAAGAACUGAAGUUAAAGGAUGAGUGGGCAGAAAAGUGUGUACCAAGUGGUGGAAGUGUCUUCAAGAAGGAUGAAAUUGGGCGAAGAAAUGGACAUGCUCCAAAUGAAAAAAUGCAGCAAGUUAUAAAGAAGACAAUAGAGGAAGCCAAGGCAUUAAUCUCUAGGAAACAAGUUCAGGCCAAUGUGUGUGUUAAUAUGGAGAUGGUGAAAGAUGCAUUGGACCAGCUCCGAGGAGCUGUGAUGAUUGUGUAUCCAAUGGGAUUGCCUCCACAUGAUCCAGUUAGGAUGGAGUUUGAAGAUAAAGAAGACUUGUCGGGAACUCACGCUGGACUUGAAGUUAUAGAAGAAUCUGAAGCACAAUUAUGGUGGGCAGGAAAGGAGCUGAAAGAAACAAAGUUGCUCUCUGACUAUGUAGGCAGAAAUGAGAAAACAACCAUCAUUGUCAAGAUACAGAAAAAAGGACAGGGAGCUCCAGGGCGUGAACCUCUGAUUAGUCAUGAAGAGCAAAAGCAGAUGAUGCUGUAUUACUACAGAAAACAGGAGGAACUUAAGAAACUAGAAGAGGAUGACGACGACUCAUUUCUAAAUGCCGAGUGGGCAGACAACCAUGCUUUGAAAAGGCAAUUUCAUGGUGUAAAAGACAUCAAAUGGGGGCCACGAUGAAGCUCUGCAAACACCUUGUUGCCUCUUUAAACUGUUUGCAACUUGCUUAACUUGCUUGCAAUGAGGAGUUGCGUUGUGUGCGGUAGAUUCUUCUGACAAAAGCUGGAAUUGUCACUUCCAUAGCAGAUGCCUGUUUCAGCCUUAGGUUUUUGAUAAAUGUUUACGUUGCUGUGUAACUGUAGCAACACUUGCCUCUGCAAAGAAUUAAAUCAAUCCUGUUGAAGUUUGUUAUUUUAUUAGAAACUUGUAAUUUGAAUACUAAAAUAUUAAACUACUUCCUAGAUGAUUUAUCUAGUGAAUAUGCACUAGAAUGUUUGG